UCCGUCGACCGUAAACGGAAGGGACGUGCGCCGACCCGGAAGUGAAAGCCGGAACCCGGGCCCGAGGGACCCAGAGCGCCGGCCGGGAGGAAGGAGGCCGGGGAGAGCCGUAGCUAUGGCUGUGGCCGUGGCCCCGGCGGGAGCAGGCUUCGGAUUCGAGCCGGGGCCCGCGGAAGAACUCGCCAAGCUCGAGUAUCUGUCCCUGGUGUCGAAGGUCUGCACAGAGCUGGACAAUCACUUGGGGAUCAACGACAAGGACCUGGCUGAGUUUGUGAUCAGUCUUGCUGAGAAAAAUACAACAUUUGAUACUUUCAAGUCUUCUCUGGUGAAAAAUGGUGCAGAAUUCACGGAUUCUCUUAUUAGUAACUUGCUGCGUCUCAUACAAACCAUGCGGCCUCCGGCAAAGCCUUCGACUAGCAAAGAUCCAGUUGUUAAACCUAAAACGGAAAAAGAAAAACUGAAGGAACUCUUCCCAGUCCUUUGCCAACCAGACAACCCUUCCGUCCGGACCAUGCUGGACGAGGAUGAUGUGAAAGUCGCUGUGGAUGUCCUGAAGGAACUGGAAGCUUUGAUGCCCAGUGCAGCAGGCCAGGGAAAGCAACGAGACACUGAGCACCGGGACAGGACAAAGAAGAAGAAGCGGAGUCGGAGCCGAGAUCGAGACAGAGAGCGAAAUCGAGAUCGAGAUCACAAGCGGAGACAUCGUUCUCGUUCUCGGUCACAUUCCAGAACCCAGGAGAGAAAUAAAGGGAAAUCUAGAUAUCGGUCCAGGAGCAGGAGUCAGAGUCCCCCCAAAGACCGGAAGGACCGCGACAAAUAUGGGGAGAGGAAUCUGGACAGAUGGCGGGAUAAGCAUGUGGACCGUCCUCCCCCUGAAGAGCCUGCCAUUGGGGACAUUUACAAUGGCAAAGUUACCAGCAUCAUGCAGUUCGGAUGCUUUGUGCAGCUGGAAGGAUUGAGAAAGCGGUGGGAAGGCCUGGUGCACAUCUCUGAGCUCCGGCGGGAAGGUCGUGUGGCCAACGUGGCUGACGUGGUGAGCAAAGGCCAGAGGGUCAAGGUCAAAGUGCUGUCCUUCACUGGGACCAAGACCAGCCUGAGCAUGAAGGAUGUGGAUCAAGAGACUGGAGAAGAUCUAAACCCAAACCGACGACGAAAUCUUAUUGGGGAGACAAAUGAGGAGACCUCCAUGCGGAAUCCGGACAGACCCACCCACCUCUCCCUUGUCAGUGCCCCUGAAGUGGAGGACGACUCGCUGGAGCGCAAGCGCCUCACCCGCAUCUCCGACCCGGAGAAGUGGGAGAUCAAACAGAUGAUUGCUGCCAAUGUCCUUUCCAAAGAAGAGUUUCCAGACUUUGAUGAAGAGACUGGCAUUCUCCCUAAGGUGGAUGAUGAAGAAGAUGAGGACCUUGAGAUUGAACUGGUUGAGGAAGAGCCUCCAUUCCUGAGAGGACACACCAAGCAGAGCAUGGACAUGAGCCCCAUUAAAAUCGUCAAGAACCCAGAUGGCUCCCUCUCCCAAGCAGCGAUGAUGCAGAGUGCCUUGGCCAAAGAAAGGCGGGAGCUCAAGCAGGCCCAGCGGGAAGCUGAGAUGGAUUCUAUUCCCAUGGGGCUCAAUAAACACUGGGUGGAUCCUCUGCCUGAUGCGGAAGGCAGGCAGAUUGCUGCCAACAUGAGGGGCAUUGGGAUGAUGCCCAAUGAUAUACCUGAGUGGAAGAAGCAUGCCUUUGGGGGAAACAAAGCCUCUUAUGGAAAAAAGACCCAGAUGUCAAUCAUUGAGCAGAGGGAGAGCCUACCCAUCUACAAACUGAAGGAGCAGCUGGUCCAGGCUGUCCAUGACAAUCAGAUCCUGAUUGUUAUUGGAGAGACAGGAUCUGGGAAGACUACGCAGAUCACACAGUACCUGGCAGAGGCAGGCUACACUUCCAGGGGCAAGAUAGGGUGUACCCAGCCCAGAAGGGUGGCAGCCAUGUCAGUGGCCAAAAGGGUAUCAGAGGAGUUUGGUUGCUGCUUGGGCCAAGAGGUGGGCUACACUAUCCGGUUUGAGGACUGCACCAGCCCCGAGACAGUCAUCAAAUACAUGACAGACGGGAUGCUGCUCCGGGAGUGCCUGAUCGACCCUGACCUCACCCAGUAUGCUAUCAUAAUGUUGGAUGAGGCGCACGAGAGGACCAUUCACACCGACGUGCUUUUUGGGUUGUUGAAAAAGACAGUUCAGAAACGGCAGGACAUGAAGCUGAUUGUCACUUCAGCCACCCUGGAUGCAGUGAAGUUUUCUCAGUACUUCUACGAAGCUCCCAUUUUCACCAUCCCAGGUCGAACAUACCCGGUAGAAAUACUGUACACAAAGGAACCCGAGACAGAUUACCUGGAUGCCAGCCUGAUCACUGUCAUGCAGAUCCACUUGACAGAGCCGCCAGGUGAUAUCCUGGUCUUCCUGACUGGUCAGGAAGAGAUCGAUACUGCUUGCGAGAUCCUCUAUGAAAGAAUGAAAUCCCUAGGACCUGACGUGCCCGAGUUGAUCAUCCUCCCAGUGUACUCUGCUCUUCCCAGUGAGAUGCAGACCCGAAUCUUUGACCCAGCUCCGCCAGGCAGCAGAAAGGUUGUGAUUGCCACCAACAUCGCAGAGACAUCACUGACUAUCGAUGGCAUCUACUAUGUGGUGGACCCUGGGUUCGUAAAGCAGAAGGUGUACAAUUCCAAGACGGGGAUUGACCAGCUUGUGGUUACGCCUAUUUCUCAGGCUCAGGCAAAGCAGCGAGCUGGCCGAGCAGGGCGAACAGGCCCAGGAAAGUGCUACAGGCUGUACACAGAGCGCGCCUACCGGGACGAGAUGCUCACCACCAACGUGCCAGAGAUCCAGAGAACCAACUUGGCGAGCACGGUGCUGUCGCUCAAGGCCAUGGGGAUCAAUGACCUGCUGUCCUUUGAUUUCAUGGACGCCCCGCCGAUGGAGACCUUAAUCACAGCCAUGGAGCAGCUGUACACCCUGGGGGCCCUGGAUGACGAGGGCCUGCUCACUCGCCUGGGCCGCAGGAUGGCAGAGUUCCCUCUGGAGCCAAUGCUUUGCAAAAUGCUCAUCAUGUCUGUGCAUCUGGGCUGCAGCGAGGAAAUGCUGACCAUCGUCUCCAUGCUGUCUGUGCAGAACGUCUUCUAUAGGCCCAAGGAUAAACAAGCCCUCGCGGAUCAGAAGAAGGCCAAAUUCCACCAGACUGAAGGGGACCACCUCACCCUGCUGGCUGUGUACAAUUCCUGGAAGAACAACAAGUUCUCCAAUCCGUGGUGCUACGAGAACUUCAUCCAGGCCCGUUCCCUGCGCCGGGCCCAGGACAUUCGCAAACAGAUGUUGGGCAUCAUGGACAGACACAAGUUGGAUGUCGUCUCCUGUGGCAAGUCUACCGUCCGAGUGCAGAAGGCCAUAUGCAGCGGGUUCUUCCGCAACGCUGCCAAGAAGGACCCGCAGGAGGGAUACCGGACCCUGAUCGACCAGCAGGUGGUCUAUAUCCACCCCUCCAGUGCGCUCUUCAACAGACAGCCGGAGUGGGUGGUGUACCACGAGCUGGUGCUGACUACAAAGGAGUACAUGCGUGAGGUCACCACCAUCGACCCCCGGUGGCUCGUGGAGUUUGCCCCAGCCUUCUUCAAGGUCUCCGACCCAACCAAACUCAGCAAGCAGAAGAAGCAGCAGCGUCUCGAACCCCUGUACAACCGCUACGAGGAGCCCAAUGCCUGGAGAAUAUCCCGCGCCUUCCGGCGGCGCUGACAUGCAGGCGUGUCCACGUGUCUCCCCACAGCAGACAGUCGCCCUGGGCUUGGCUCACUCUUGUGAUGACAGGCUGGUCCUGGGAAUGCAGCUGUCCUGUGACUGAACAUCCUACCCUGGCCUAAACCUGACUCUCAUUGCUUCCCUGGUGGUAAAGUGAAACCAGGGAUGUCAGCCUGGCUUCCCCCCCCCACCCGAGUCUCGGGCCAGUUGCGCCAUCUGCAGGAAAGGGGCAACUUGUGCAGCCCUCGAUGGGAAGGGAUAGAGUGGGCACCUGGCACAGGGCCAUAGCUAGGGCCCCCACGCCCAUCAAGCCCUCUGGAGUAGGGAGCUGCUGUGCUCAUCUAAAGAGGGGUCCCCGCUUCCCACCCCCUCCCCUGCCUGUACUUUGGCUUAGCCUCCUGGAAAUAUUUAUUUUCUUAAGGAAACAAAAA